UGUAACUUCACCGUGAAUUCUGGCAAUGGCCCCAGCAUAGCAGAAGUCUGCCUCAAACCUGGUGCCAAUUUGAGCAUUUCGUAAUACUACCUAGUUUACUGCAGUCCUUGAUCAACAGUUGUGUGGUGAAUGCAGCACAUCGAGAUGCUGAACUUGUAGAGAUCUUCGUCUUCCUGUUUGAUCUAUCCUAGAGGCUAGAGCUCGAGGGUGGAGCCAUGCAGUUUCUUGAACGCCUUUGAAGUGACUACCUGUGAAACUUAAAACCAGAUGGGCGUUCACAUAGUACUAGGAGCUGGCAGGGUGCCACUUGGAGAAAGAUGAAUCAUUGAAUCAUGGGGAGGCGGUUUCACCGUAAUCUUCGUUCUGCAUUUACUCAUGGGGCCAGCAGCAGCUUUGAUAGGAACUUAAGCAAAGGGGUGAACCAUUGGCAAUGCUGGCAGCUUCGAGUUUCUGUCACAUCAAAGAAAAGUCUUCGCCUCUUGAGAAGAUCAGGCAUGAAUUCAAGCGGCCACAUCAGAGCUGCGGAUUUGCGAAUAUAUAUGGGAAUGCACUGAGAAGAGAAAGGCUGCGACGAUUGGAAGCUUCUAGGACGCUUUCAGCUGCUAGACCGGCAGUUGUGAGCUCAUCAAGGACCAAGUGGUAAAAGCUGGAAUGAGUUUCCUGCGGUUCUCUCCACAAUGAAGUUUCUAGGGAAAAAGAGUUUCCCAUCGGUCCCGUCUGUGCGUUCCUUCUUCUCGUACCGAAAUGUAACCGUGAUCCUGCUUUUCCACAUCCUGGUGGUUCACCUGCGGCAUUCGCAGUUCUUGCAAUCAACAGAUGUUGGAGGUAGCGAGGACAAAGAAAGCUUCAUCGCCGAUGGCGUCAAUGACUCACCGAGCUUUGAGAGUCGCUUUGUGGGAUCGGUCCUGUCAAGAAAAGGAGCGGGGGACUUCGACGGCGUGCCUGAGGGGUCCAACAGGCGGUCACUCUUCGGUUCCAUUGUGGGACUUUUCACGGGGGGUGAGAAAGGUGACAUCAGCACCAGGGGAAACGGGACGGAAGCUAGCGAAGCAGGCAUAUGGGAUGACACAUUGGUCCAAACAACGGACGGCCAGCGACUCCAAAUUCACCGCGUCAAUAAAGCGGGUUUGCUGCCUGAUUUCAAGGAUGAGGCGCUCCAGGAAACGAGCGCAGAAGAGGUGGGGAUUCUAAAGUGGGGUGAAGAAGGCAGGCCGACGGACCCCCCGGCAGAAGGAACCAAGGAUCCGCUGGGGGGGGUGCUCACACAGGAAGACAACCAACAACUAGAGCGGAUCGAAGGGGCGCUUGAGUAUGAAAUUUUCGAAGCCGACAAAGCAGCCGAAAGACGCGCUGGGGUCUCGGAAGGCGAAGACCCCCCCUCGUGGGAGGACGCCUCAGACCCCGAGCGGCGGCGAGCGUUGCUGCAGCAGAAGAUCGACGAGCAGCUGGCGCCGUACAAAAAGGGGGGGUUCACGUACGCUGACGUGGCGGCCCAGAGGAAUAAGACUGGGAUGUGCGUGCACUUCAAAAUCCGGAAUGGAACAGUAACGAUGGUGAAGGACCCCGAGAAGGUCAGCGAAAAGUGGAGCUACUGGUACCGGGCCGACCAAGUGAACCAGAUGUUCAAGCUGCUGAUCAAGCAGGGGCGCAUUCCCGACCACGUGGAGAUAGCGGUCAACAUCGAGGCCUCCCCCCGGUUGCUUCGCUCGGAGCGAUCCCCCGACCUGCCCCCCGUGCUCAGUUACUGCUCGACUGCGGAGCACUACGACCUGAUUGGGGUCGGGUUUCAGUACCACCGGUGCCUCAUGCGGGACGAGUACAAAAGCGAUCAGUGCAAGCUUUCGUGGGACCCGGAAAAGAUACGGCGGGACCACCCGUGGGAGGGGAGGAGAGGAUCGGCGCUGUGGCGGGGGUCGCCGACCGGCGGUCUGUACCGGGUUGAAGAUUGGAAGGAGAAGGCGCGCAGCCAGCUGGUGAUGCUGUCCAAGGCCAACCCCGAACUUCUCGACGCCAUGUUCACAAAGUGCGCCGACGGGCAGUGUACCCAGGCCGCGAGAGAAGCGAUCGGCAAGGAGCUGGGUUACGCUGACCGGCUGGCUAACUUCACGGACUACAUGGAGCGCAAGUAUCUGGUGGACAUCGACGGCGAGUCGUGGAGCUCGCGCUUCUUUCAGCUGCUCGCGUCGGGGGCCACAAUCUUCAAGCAGUCGACCCACUACCGCGAGUUCUCCGACUUCUUCUUCGAGGCGGGUACGCAUUACGUGCGUUACGCGGAAGAUCUGGGCGACCUUCUGACCGUGCUCCAAGGCGCGGAGGGUCGCCAGGAGGAGCUCCGGGACAUGGCCGUCCGGUCCCUCGCGCUGGUCGAGCAGCUGACGAAGGAUGACGUCAUCCUGGAGUACAUGGGCAUGCUGCUGACGUCGUACGCGGAGCUGUUUGCUCCGGAGGAGGGGGCCAGCGCCAGUUGAGGGCUUGCGUGGGUUGGAUUGAUGCGGAAGGGUCUCGUGUUGCCAGUGGGAAUUCGGUGCCGUAACCUGAGGCUGCCGAGUUUGGGACGUGCAAGGAUAGGGCACAUACCCAGACUACCACUGCGGUCCGCCUCGGAAAAGUGUGGGAGACGAUCAGCAUUCCAACUGUAGACUAAGCUGGGUUGACUGUAGACAGCUUUGCGACUGGGGUCGCUAACUUAAUGACGGCAGCUCUUUUGGCAGUUUGGUUGUGCUAGCUGCGUUUGGCAGCACUUUUAGCUAGAGAUCAAAAGGCAACUUCUUGCAGUAGUGGGAGCUGUUCUUGCCUAAGCGCGACACGUACGGAUGCGCGACAAGAUCACAGGGAGCGUAUCUCAGAUCCACAGAGGCAUUUUGCAGUAGCUUAUAUGCCGUAAGGGCAGGAUCAGGAAGUGUGGGACAGGCAAUCCGCGUAGUGUACUGUAUGUCAGGCGACGGUAUGCUACAAUUUGUAGUAUCGGGGCUGGAUAAAAAAAGCCUUUUACACAAACAUAUGACUAGUUCGAGCGCCGUGUCAGAGACCUGUCACCGAGAGGGGUUUUGGCUGUAAUCUACCCGUUCGCAUCGCCUGACUGCGCUUAGGUCCUUAAGGUUGAAGCUCCUUUGAAUCAUUUCAUUGAAUUCACCGGUAACAGGACUUCGGCCCCUUUAUCCUGAACGUAGACUUCCGAC